UUUAUAUUUUUGUAUGUAUCAAGCAUCAGCUGUUUGGCAGUGGAAAGAACUGCGUUGAAGUAAACAUUGCGCAGCAAUUUGAAAGACUUAAACGCGUUAACGAUUAAAUAAAAAGGAAUGAAUAUCGCGUUGAAAUCCAGCCUUGCGCUGGUUAGGCCUUUGCACCAUGCACGAGCGAUUUCGGUGAGUGCAAUUCCGGCUAGAUCUUAUGAUGAUCUUCAUCAUCCUGAGGGUCGUGAACCGAGUAUACCACAGUACGUAGAACGAGAAGGAGAAAGUGCGGAACUCAAAAGAGCACGAUUGGUGUACCAAUCCCGUAAACGAGGAAUGCUCGAAAACGGUCUGUUGCUCAGUACUUUUGCAAAAAAAUAUUUGGAUACAUUCGACGACAAUCAGCUUAGGAUGUACGACAGAUUGAUAAAUUUACCAUCGAACGAUUGGGACAUUUUCAACUGGGCUGUGGGUGUAAAACCAACGCCCGCUGAAUUCGAUCAUGAAAUAAUGGAUUUGCUGAAAAAACAUAUUCAAAACGAAGAUCGUCAAGCGAGAAUCAUGCAGCCGGCACUGUGAAUAUUUCAACAAAAAUAGUCAUUGCGUAGACAUUACGAGGGAACGAUGAAAACUGAGCACAUAGAGCUGGGCCUGAAUUCCUCAUUGGUUACAAGUAAACGCAACAGAUAUACCUCACAAUCCUAUAUGACCAAAUCUAUGAGGAUCCGAUUGGAAAUCUUUUUUUUGAGUAAAAUCAACGAGUCCCGUUCGACUUUUCGUCACAGCACGGCCCCUGCCGGAGCGAGACGACGCUGCUCCCCUCGUCCACUGACCACUGUAAAUUGAUCAUUUUUAUAAAACAACAUUUUACUGAUAA